AAAUUUUUUGUUUUCCUCAACAAAACCCCGUUCUGAAUCAAUUCCGCAACAUCGAGUCCAUCAAUGUCUUCCUCCGCCGCUCAGCUCUUGCGCGUUUAAUUUAUCUGGGCAUAUGCAUGCAUCGAUAUCAUCUGCGAAGGAGCUGAUGAUAAGCCUCCGAGGUGUAUCCUCCGCCAUGGAUGUGGUAGCUUGGAGGGGCUUCGUCUUCACCGCCUUCAUUCUCAAUUUCGUCUUCGCCUGCCAACUCCUCCUCCUCCAGCCCCUCGUCUCCGCUCAAGAUGGCAAACCUGGUAAUGCUGCUGAUCUAUUUGAGAGAGUUUCACAAAGUAUAAAGGUAAAACGUUUUAGUGAGGCGCUUAAUGAUCUUAAUGCUGCUAUAGAAGCAAAUCCCACACUUUCAGAGGCAUAUUGGCAUCGUGCAUCAGUCCUUCGUCAGCUGUGCAGAUAUGAUGAAUCUGAGAAGAACUACAAAAAGUUUCUUGAGCUAAAGCCUGGAAACUCUGCUGCAGAAAAGGAGCUUUCUCAAUUGCUUCAGGCACGCAGUGCUCUGGAAACUGCUUUGAAUCUCUUUGAUUCAGGCGACUUUACAAAAUCAUUAGACUAUAUCGAUAAAGUUGUACUUGUUUUUUCAUCCUCGUGCGCAAAGGCUAAACUCCUCAAAGUGAAAUUAUUGUUAGCAGCAAGGGACUAUUCUAGUGCUAUCUCAGAGACUGGUUAUAUGCUUAAAGAAAAUGAGGAUAAUCUAGAUGCACUACUACUCCGCGGUCGUGCCUAUUAUUAUUUAGCAGAUCAUGAUGUUGCAUUAAGGCAUUACCAGAAAGGUCUCCGCCUUGACCCAGAGCACAGUGAACUUAAGAAAGCAUACUUUGGAUUGAAAAAUUUACUUAAGAAGACUAAAAGCGCAGAAGAUAAUGCUGGAAAGGGUAAGCUGCGUCUUGCAGUAGAGGACUUUAAAGGAGCUCUUGCGCUGGACCCCAAUCAUCUUGCACAUAAUGUGCAUCUUUAUCUUGGUUUGUGCAAGGUCUCGGUCAAGCUUGGCAGAGGAAAGGACGCUCUAGAUAGUUGCACAGAAGCACUUAACAUUAAUGGGGAACUUGUUGAAGCUCUAGUUCAGAGAGGUGAAGCCAAACUUUUGAUAGAGGAUUGGGAGGGGGCUGUGACAGAUUUGAAAACAGCAGCUGAAAAAUCACCUCAGGAUAUGACUAUUCGAGAAGUACUGAUGAAGGCUGAAAAAUCUUUGAAGUUGAGUAAACGAAAGGACUGGUACAAGAUUUUGGGUGUAUCUAAGACAGCACCUGUAUCAGAGAUAAAACGUGCUUACAAGAAGCUUGCUUUGCAAUGGCACCCAGAUAAGAAUGUUGAAAAUAGAGAAGAAGCUGAGGCCAAAUUUCGUGAAAUAGCUGCUGCAUACGAGGUACUUGGUGAUGAAGAUAGACGCACAAGAUAUGACCGAGGAGAAGACAUUGAAGACGUGGGCAUGGGAGCGGGUGCUGGUUUUAACCCCUUUGGCGGUGGAGGGCAGCAAUUCACAUUUCAUUUUGAAGGUGGAUUUCCUGGGGGAUUUGAAGGAGGCUUUCCUGGAGGAUUUGGUGGAUUCCAAUUUGGAUAAGCGAGAUUAUUUUCACCUGAUAUCUUCAUGAAGAAUUUAAGGUACUGGGUGCCAUUGUUUUUUGAGGAGCAGCUGCAUGCAUCCAUUGACUAACUGUUGGCAAUUAGCUUGUGAUUAAUACCUGAGCCACUUGGAAGAGCCAUCUUGCUGAAAAAAAAAUGUGUUCCUUUGAAGAAUAUUUUUGUUAUGCGGAAUAUUAACUCAAGAAUUGUAUGAGUUCGAUCGAAGGAAAUAGAUAAGCCCCAUUGUUUAUUUGUCAUGUAGUGCAUGUGAAUUUCUUGUAUUGAUUUGUUGCGUUCUCCAAAACACUUCCUCUCAGAAAGGGAUAUUGAGACAAACCCUGAAACAUACUGAUUAAUGUAGCAAUAAAAUUUUCUUUCUGGUAA